AUGGCUAAUGCCGGAUUAUCUGCUAAACAAGAGAAGGCUGACCGAAUAGAGAAGAUAAAACAAGAGGUUGCUGAGAUGGUUAAGCAGCAGAUUCCAUAUAUGAAAUCAAAAGCUGAGCAGCUAGCUGCAAAUUCUGAUGAUUUUCAGGAAGCUGGUCCAGAAGUGAAAGAAGUCCUGAAACGCAAAUACAACAUCGAUGAUGCACUGGGAAAUAAGAUUUGUGAUUUAUAUGACCUUUAUGUUGAGAGAAUAGAUGAGGAUUCAGGUCCACCCAUCAGAAGGCUGUAUCAAGAGCUUGUGGUAUUGUGGCCUAGUGGAUUUAUGGAUACUGAUGGAAUCAAACGUGCUAUAUACCGAGUGAAAGAAAGGAGAGGUCUGUGCAUCCCGGCAAAGGAUCGAGAGAAAAUCAAGAACCAGAAAGUCUUGCCUCCAAAACGAAAGGACGCCACUAAUGCUUCUCAAUCCUCACAUAAUCGCGAAAAAACACUCUCAGAUUCCCUUUCUCCUUUGACCAAGAAGCCAACCUUCAGCGCUCGUAAACCAGUUGCCUUAGCACACGGCCCAAAAGCCGACAAACGGAAUCAAGAGAAGGCGAAAGGAAGUUCCAGUGGCAAUCCUAAUCCUGUGGAUGCAGUGGCAUCAAAUUCUUUGCCGAGUAAAAAACUGAAAAAGAAACCGAAUUUGGAGGUUGUAGAGACUCAGGUUCGGCUCGAGAAGCUGGCGCUGUCAAAGGUGGAUGAGAGGCCCAAACUCCAGAAGCACGUGGCGCAGAGUAGUACCUCUAAGUUUGCAUAA